CAUGACAAGGUUGGAAUUUGGGAGGCGAUUGGAAAGAGAGAAGGAAUCCAGUUAUUUAUAUCAUUUCUAGGUUUGUCUAGUGAGCAACACCAAGAGUAUGCUGUUGAAAUGUUGGAAAUUUUGACGGCUCAAGUGGAUGAUAGUAAAUGGGCUGUAACAGCAGCCGGGGGGAUUCCUCCACUUGUACAGUUGCUCGAGACUGGAUCUCAGAAGGCCAAGGAAGAUGCUGCCUGCAUCCUCUGGAAUUUGUGCUGUCACAGUGAGGAAAUCCGUGAUUGUGUUGAAAGAGCUGGUGGUAUUCCAGCAUUCUUGUGGCUACUGAAGACUGGUGGACCAAAUUCCCAAGAAACAUCUGCAAAGACACUUGUGAAGCUCGUCCAUACAGCUGAGCCUGCCACAAUUAAUCAGCUGUUGGCUUUACUUCUGGGAGAUGAUCCGACUUCAAAGAUUCAUGUAAUAAAAGUAUUGGGUCAUGUGCUCUCAAAAGCUUCGCAAGAGGAUCUUGUUCAUAGAGGAUGUGCCGCUAACAAAGGACUG